UUUUCCAUACACCAAACUGUCGUUGUCGACAUUUGUAAGAGUUUCAUUCAAACGAACCGAAGCGUAGCAAACGAACGGGCGAACAACCGAAUGAGUUGAUUGCAGAGUAAGCAAAGAAAAAAUUAAUUUUCUUUCAAUUUACUUUAUUAAAGCAAACAAUUCGCAAUUUGCUAAUGGGCAAAAAGCGAUAAAUUACCAAAAACUAAAGUGGAUUAACUGAAGACUUGAAAAAUAAAGCCUACGAGUGUUGUGAAAACUAAUUUCUGUGACAGCGUGAAAACCAUUUAAACUUUCGUGAAAAAAAAAACAAUAACAAAAACAAUAGUUUGUUAGACUCCAAAAGCGAAUAAAAAUUUCAAAAACAAAAAACAUUGUGCAAAAAUGUUAAAAUCGCGAAAAUUCAGUCUUGGCCUGCUGGCUUUAACUGUCAUCUGUGCGACAAAUUGCCUAAAUGUACAGGCCGCCUCGCCGCGUUGGGAACCACAAAUUGCGGUGCUCUGCGAAGCCGGUCAAGUAUUUCAACCGCAAUACCUCUCCGAAGAGGGACGCUGGGUAACGGAUUUGAAUAAGAAGACAUCGGGCGCCACAUGCCUGCGUGACAAAAUGGAUUUACUGGACUACUGCAAAAAGGCCUAUCCAAAUCGUGACAUAACCAACAUUGUUGAAUCUUCGCAUUAUCAGAAAAUCGGUGGCUGGUGUCGUCAGGGAGCUUUGAACUCAGCCAAAUGUAAAGGGGCACAUCGCUGGAUCAAACCAUUCCGUUGUUUGGAAGGACCAUUCCAAUCGGAUGCACUGCUCGUCCCCGAAGGUUGCCUCUUCGAUCACAUUCACAAUGCAUCGCGCUGCUGGCCAUUCGUGAGGUGGAAUCAAACUGGCGCCGCUGCUUGUCAGGAACGUGGAAUGCAGAUGCGUAGCUUUGCCAUGUUGUUGCCUUGCGGUAUUUCAUUGUUCUCUGGCGUGGAAUUCGUUUGCUGUCCGAAACAUUUCAAAACCGAUGAGAUACGCGUAAAGAAGACCGACCUGCCCGUUAUCGCCCCAGCUGAGAUUACCAACAGCAAUGUGGAUGUGACUAACGAUGAUGACAACGACUCAAACUACUCCAAGGAUGUCGGCGCCGAUGAUGAUCUUGACGAGGAUGAUGACUUAAUGGGCGAUGACGAGGAGGACGAAAUGGUCGCCGAUGAAGCAGCUGCUGGGGAGGCAAAUAGCUCCAAUGCGGACGAUUUGAAUGGCGAAUAUGAUUCGAGCGAGGAUUUGGACAACUACGAAGAGGAUGGUGGCGGCGCAGCUGAGGAGCAGUCGGACAACUGGGAAUUGCAGAAUGGUAGCUCAAGCGGCGCGAAACCCACAGCGGUGAAGUCCAACGCAGAUGAGGCGGGUGGCGCAAAGGGCAAAUUGGGCGUUGAAUCUGUUGUUAAGGGCGCCGCUGGUAUGAUGGCCGAUGGCCCAGUCUUGCCGGCAGCACAGCAGCAGCAAAUGCCCUCGGCGCCAUCGACCAGCCAGCCGACCGUCGACCCAUACUUCACCCACUUCGAUCCGCACUACGAACAUCAGAGCUACAAAGUAAGUCAAAAAGAAGCCCAACAGCGCCUCGAGGAAUCGCAUCGCGAGAAGGUCACACGUGUCAUGAAGGACUGGUCCGAUUUGGAGGAGAAGUAUCAGGAUAUGCGCCUAGCCGAUCCAAAGGCUGCACAGAGCUUCAAGCAACGCAUGACCGCACGGUUCCAGACUUCUGUUCAGGCACUCGAGGAAGAAGGCAACGCCGAGAAGCACCAGCUGGCCGCCAUGCAUCAGCAGCGCGUACUGGCCCACAUUAAUCAGCGCAAACGUGAGGCGAUGACCUGCUACACACAGGCGCUCACCGAGCAGCCACCAAAUGCUCAUCAUGUCGAGAAGUGUUUGCAGAAGCUGCUACGCGCCUUGCAUAAGGAUCGCGCACACGCUUUGGCGCACUAUCGUCACCUCUUGAACUCCGGCGGUCCAGGUGGCUUGGAAGCUGCAGCCUCGGAGCGACCACGCACUUUGGAGAGACUCAUCGAUAUCGACCGCGCUGUCAAUCAGUCCAUGACCAUGCUGAAACGCUACCCAGAAUUGUCUGCCAAGAUUUCACAGUUGAUGAAUGACUAUAUUUUGGCACUCCGCAGCAAGGACGACAUACCCGGCUCAUCGUUGGGCAUGAGUGAGGAAGCUGAGGCGGCCAUUUUGGAUAAGUAUCGCGUUGAAAUUGAGCGCAAGGUAGCGGAAAAGGAGCGCUUGCGCUUAGCCGAGAAGCAACGUAAGGAACAGCGCGCCGCCGAGCGUGAGAAAUUGCGCGAAGAGAAGUUACGCAUGGAGGCCAAGAAGGUGGAUGAGCUGCUUAAGUCGCAAGCCGACCAAGAUGGUGGCGCCAGUGGCGCUGGCUCUACUGGUUCGUCCACCACAGGCGGCUCCUCCUCUGGCUCCGGCGCAUUGGGUGAUUCAAAGGUGAGCAGCAAAGAAAUGGGCCAACUGGUGGAUACCACCAAAUUGUCACAGAGCGAAAAGGAUAGUAAUGGCGGUGAAGAGUACGCCGAUGUCACUGUCAGCACCAAAACCCAAACCGUCCUGCCCACAGUCGACGAUGAUGCCGUACAGCGCGCUGUUGAGGAUGUAGCUGCUGCUGUCGCUCACCAGGAGGCUGAGCCACAGGUGCAACAUUUCAUGUCGCACGAUUUGGGCCAUCGCGAAUCGAGCUUCUCGCUGCGUCGCGAAUUCGCCCAUACGCACGCGAACAAGGAGGGACGCAAUGUCUACUUCACUUUGUCGUUCGCCGGUGUUGCAUUGUUAGCGGCCAUAUUUGUUGGUGUCGCAGUAGCCAAAUGGAGAACAGCUCGUUCGCCACAUGCGCAAGGCUUUAUUGAGGUUGAUCAGAACGCCACCACACAUCACCCCGUUGUACCGGAGGAGAAAAUCGUGGCGAAUAUGCAAAUCAAUGGCUAUGAGAAUCCAACAUACAAAUAUUUCGAGGUGAAGGAGUAAAAGCACCAAGAAAAUAAAAAAGAAAUUUAUAAAAUAAAAAAACAAAAUUUGCAAAUAUUGUAAACGCACUCAGCAACUCAGAAAUCCCACUAAAGGAGAAGUAAGACCCCGCCCUCCCCCAUGAAAGUAAAAUACAUAACUAAAUCAAACUCCCUAUAAAAAGCCUGCUUUAUCAUGCCACUUAUACAUACUUACAUACAUAAGAGAGAAUGUAAUAAAAAUAAAAAUGAGUCAUGCUAAAUUUACAAAAAAAAAAACACAACCCGUGAAUUAUACCAACCAUAUUUUCCAAAAGAAAAAUGAAAAUAAUUCUAAGCAAAUUUAAGAAAAUAAGGAAAUUUAAAUAAAAUCGGAGCGCAGUUCCAAGGUAGCAGAAGAAGAAAAUGUAAAGCGGUAAAAUAGUGAAAGCAAAAACAAAAGCGAACACGAAGAAAGGGGCUCAUAAACGAAGUAAAAGAACAAAAACUGAUAAAUGCGCAAAUAAAAACAGACAAAAUU